AUGAAUAUUCGUUUUCUUUGUCGAUUGCUACUUCUAUUCUUCUUGCUCUGUCUGUUCACCGAGUCUAGAGAGAAUCGAGUCGAGUCUAGCGGGUCGAGUCAAGUCUAUUCGAAAAAUGGUCCAAAUACGCCUACGCGACCUAGGGAUCCCAAUAAAAUCGGCGAUUUUCAUAGAGAUCGAGUCCAGGAGGAGGAGCGGAGGAAAGCAGCCCUUCGUGAGAUGUGCAAUCGAUUGACGUAUAUUGGAGUCAUUUGUCAUUGGCUCGACUACGUUUCCCCGUUCAUUUUCACUGUGAUAAUUGAAGCAGUUUUGUGGAAAUUGUUACCGUAUCUUCCUCCCGAAAUUAAACGUUUUCUGCCGAAGAGAUUUCAGCGAAACGAAACGGGAAAUCAGAGACACCCAUCAAGGUUGAGCGACGAUCAGAGGGUCCGUCUGAUCGACUCGUCGACUCAAACUGAUCCCUCCUCGAUUCGUCCCCUUCCUCUAGAUCGGAAUGAUAGUGAAACGUCUCUCGGUACCGAUGAGGAAAUCAAU